AUGCGCAGUUUAUUCUACGUUGCACUUGCCGUCGCCGUCUUAGCUCGCACCCAUGUUGUCGCAGCGUCCACGAACGCCGAUAAGCCUCAGCUCAUGUCGAAGACCUCUCCCGACUUCGUGGGUACGGUCAGUACUGAACCCCGGAAGAGAUUCCUUCGAGCCACCGAUCCAGAAGACGUUGACCUGAUGACCGCUGAUGAAGAGCGGACAAAGUAUGGUAGCAUCGACGGGAUCAUCAAAAGGCUGAAUGCCGCCGGUACUCUAUUGAACAUGGGGAAGAUAGAGAACAAGAACGCGAUCAAGGCAGCCCGUGAGGCCGGUACCAUUUCGAAGAAAGAGUCUUCCGCAGUAAAAGCUUUUCUAGGCUUGAAGAAUUAA